AACUCGUCGCACGGCGGCAGCACAGGACUGGCAGCCACCGUUCUGGCAUCGCAGCCAGCAAUUCUGAUCAUCACACUGUGCAACCUCCAACGCUGUCGACGCGUUGAAGCAUAGAGCGCACCUGUGCGCUUACUGCAGGGAGAGCGUCUGCAACCUCGCGCAGCGAUGCCGCGCUACCGCGGUCUACUGCUGCUCACCCUCAGCGGUGCAACCGCGCUGCUUGCACCAGGGCACAGCACCCUCAGGCAGCCACUCACUGCGAAGGCCGCGACGGAGGGCGCGGAGAUCCCGUACGAGCUCUGCUGCCAGGCGCUGCACGACGACGAAGCAGCAAGGCUCGCGGCGGGACCGGACGACAUCCUGAAGGCGCGGUACAGCGCCUACGUGGAACGGAAGCCCGACUUCAUCAUCGACACGACGCACCCGAGCAACGAAGAAUACGACGAGGACCGCGACGCGUGGCGGGCGCGGAUCCUCGACUUCGCGGCCGCAGCCAAAUUCCUCCAACUCGUGAUCUACGACUCGAUACCUGUUGAUGAGGAGACGCACAGCAUCACGUGGAACGCUCGGAUCAAGGUCCUCGACGGGUUGGUGGACGAGCGGUUAGUAGAAACGAAGGAUUUUAUUGAGAGGUCGCUGUUCGUCAAGGAGGACGGCCGGUGGCUCUACCUGAAGGGCGACCCCGACUUCGAGCCGCGGAACGUGCGCGUCGACGGGCCGCUCGACCCGAAGCCGAAGCCGCCCAAACGAAAGAGUGCGAAGAAGCCCGCGGUGUCGCGGUCGCGGGCGCCCGUCUCGCGAUAGUCAAUAACUUGUGGUAUA